AUGGAAGCCUCAAGCAUUGAGAAGAAAGGAGUUGUUACUUCACUCCAAGAAAUUCCCUCUGACAUGAACAUCUCAGAAGUCCUUGAACUCCCAAUAGAUACUCGGUUGGCGCUAGUUCAAACACUGCUCAAUCCGGAAGAAUACAAAGGGAAAAUAUUUUCCCAAAUAAGAAAAGUUAGUCCUGGUGAUUGUAUGGCAACAAUUACCUUUACGGACGAUGACUUACAGCUUGGGACGAGACUUCAUAACAGGCCACGUUAUGUUAGUGGCAUUAUUCGAGAAUACAAGAUAUCUCGAAUCCUCAUUGAUUGUGGAUCUGUUGUAAAUAUUAUGCCGAUUCAUACAAUGAGAAAGAUUGGAAUCUCAGUGAAUGAGCUUUCUAAAAGCAAACUCACAAUCCAAGGUUUCAAUCAAAAAGGACAAUGUGCCAUUGGCACAAUCCGAUUAAAGAUUGAGAUGAAUGAUUUGAUAUCAUCAGCUUUAUUUCAUGAAUCAUCAAAAAUUGAGUUGUCAAAGAGAGAUGUUGACAUUCUCAAGGAAGACCUAAUCCUUCCGAUUCCUUCUAUUGGGAAAAUUGUGGACUUAAAUUCUAUACAAGAAAAUGCCGAGGAAGCUGAGCUUCCUAAAACUUUGGGAAACCACUCAAAUGGGUGGUUUGAUCCACGUGUAAAGAAGCUCAUGGAGAACGCUGGAUACGAAAAAGGGAAGCCAUGCAAACUUGGCGACCUUGAUUCCGUUCUGUCUAGUGGAAAAGCUCCGGUGAUAAAUAAACAAGGAAUAUCUAUUCCACAACCAAAACACGGAUUGGGACAUGAAUCUCGUGACUCACACCCUAUCCGAAUUAGAGCAAAGAAAGCAUCGGCCAAUCCAAUCAUGAUACAGAUUUUUGAGUAUAAUGAUGACAAGCCCGUAGAGCCUCUUGCUCAGAGCCAAAUACAAAAGCAAAAUACUCGAAUUUCAGUAUUUCAACGGAUUGGUGAUAAUCCGUCAACAUCAAACCAAAUGGAGUCUGUACAAAAAGUCUCUGUAUUUUCUAGGCUUGGGCCAAAAGUCCAGAAAGAGGAUCCGAAGAAACGAAGGAGACAAAGACGUCGUAGACGUAAUGCUCUAGCUAAAGAUAAAGGUAAAAACAAGGUGAUUGUUUCUGUCAAUCACGUCACAAUUGAGGAAGUGACUGAAAAAGAAUUCAGUUCCGAAUCAUCUUCUGAUGAAGAACCCAUAUCGGCACCAUCUACCUUAGAAGAUGGGGGGCAAGCUACGGUUGAUGAACUCAAGGAGAUCAAUCUAGGAACUAAAGCUGAUCCAAUGCCAACAUUUGUAAGCGCACUUCUAAGACUAGAUCCAAAGAUUUUUGUCCAUCACUUGUCUAUCAAACAUGGAGUACGUCCCAUAAAACAAGCUCAAAGACGAUUCCGACCGGAAUUAGUUCCGAAAAUUGAAAAUGAAGUCAAUAAACUUAUUGAAGCUGGAUUCAUUCGAGAAGUUAAAUACCCGACAUGGAUUGCCAAUAUUGUCCCAGUGAUGAAGAAAAAUGGGCAAUUACGGGUCUGUGUUGACUUCCGAGAUUUAAAUAAAGCAUGUCCAAAGGAUGAUUUUCCAUUGCCCAUCACGGAGCUAAUGGUUGAUGCAACUACCGGACACGAAGUGUUAUCCUUCAUGGAUGGUUCGUCUGGAUACAAUCAAAUUCGGAUGAACCCAAAGGAUGAGGAAUUCACUGCAUUCAGUACUCCAAAAGGAAUAUAUUGUUACAAAGUUAUGCCUUUUGGAUUGAAGAAUGCCGGAGCCACAUAUCAACGUGCCAUGCAGAAGAUCUUUGAUGAUAUAUUGCAUAAAAAGGUGGAAUGUUAUGUGGACGACUUAGUCGUAAAGACCAAAAACCGAAAAAAUCAUUUAGAUGAUUUACGGGUUAUCUUUGAAAGACUUCGUCGAUUUCAAUUAAAGAUGAAUCCUCUCAAGUGCGCCUUUGGUGUCACUUCUGGAAAAUUUCUUGGCCUCAUCGUAAGGCAUCGAGGUAUUGAAAUUGAUCGAACAAAAAUCGAUGCCAUUUUAAAAAUGCCAGAACCGACUAACUUACACGAGCUAAAAAGCUUGCAAGGGAAGCUCGCGUAUAUUAGAAGGUUUAUUUCAAGCCUUGCUGGACGAUGCCACCCAUUCAAUAAGUUGAUGAAAAAAGACACUUCUUUUAAAUGGGAUGAUACUUGUCGGAAUGCCUUUAAUAAUAUCAAAGAGUACCUCCUACAUCCGCCUGUAUUAAUGGCACCAAUUCUAGGUAGACCAUUAAUCCUAUACAUUACUGCCCAAGAGCGAUCAUUAGGAGCACUGCUUGGACAAGUGGAUGACGAGGGGAAGGAAAGCGCAUCAUACUACGUGAGUCGUACGUUGGUAGGCGCAGAGCUAAAUUAUUCACCAAUUGAAAAAGUGUGCCUAGCAUUAGUCUUUGCAACAAAAAAGCUAAGACAUUAUAUGCUUGCACAUGUUAUUCAUUUGAUCUCAAAGGCGGAUCCACUUAAAUUCAUCAUGUCAAGACCAGUCUUAUCUGGAAGAUUAGCAAAGUGGGCACUUCUUCUAUCAGAGUUUGAUAUUACUUUUGUACCUCAAAAGGCUAUAAAAGGACAAGCUUUAGCGGAUUUCCUAACGGACCAUCCGAUUCCAGUAGAGUGGGAGCUUCCAGAAGAAUUCCCGGAUGAAGAAGUCUUUUUCACUGAUGUAAUACCAUCAUGGAAAUUAUUCUUUGAUGGUGCUGCACGAAAAUAUGGUGCAGGAGCUGGGGUAGUUUUCGUUACCCCUCAAAAUGAAGUCAUGCCUUUCUCCUUCACAUUGAUGGAGAUGUGUUCCAACAAUGUGGCGGAAUACCAAGCCUUAAUAAUUGGCUUGGAAAUGGCUUUAGAGAUGCAGCUCGGACAACUCGAAAUUUUCGGAGAUUCUAAGUUGGUUAUUAAUCAACUUUUAUCAAAAUAUGAAGUCCGGAAGAUCAAUUUAAUUCCUUACCAGAAGCAUGCGGCAAAGCUCUUGAAAAAAUUUGACAUGGUUAAUAUUAUUCAUGUCCCAAGGAAUGAAAAUCGACAAGCAGAUGCAUUGGCUAACUUAGCUAUUGUAUUGGCUAACUCCGAUAAAGAUAUCGCGAUUAUGUCCAUUUCUCAAAAAUGGUUACCAAGUGAUCAUCGCCAUAAAACGGAAAUUCGGCGACGUGCCUCUAGAUUCAUAUACUACAAAGAUACGCUUUAUCGGCGUUCUUUUGAUGGUGUAUUUCUUCGAUGCCUAAGCAAAGAAGAAGCGAAUCAAGUAUUGGAAGAAGCUCAUUCCGGGAUAUGUGGUGCUCAUCAGUCCGGACCAAAACUUCACUUUCGGAUAAAAAGGAUGGGAUAUUAUUGGUCAACCAUGGUGAAAGAUUCCAUGGAAUAUGCUAAAAGAUGUGAAGCUUGUCAAGUUCAUGCGAACUUUAUACACCAACCACCGGAACCCUUACAUCCGACUGUUGCUUCAUGGCCUUUUGAUGCCUGGGGUUUGGAUGUUGUAGGACCCAUAACUCCAAAAUCGUCUGCUGGCCAUUUGUAUAUCUUGGCAGCUACAGAUUAUUUCUCAAGAUGGGCGGAAGCACUUCCAUUAAAAGAAUUUCAUUUUGUCCAACACAAUUCCUCCAUGUACAACGCAGCAGCUAAUGGACUUGCAGAAGCCUUUAACAAAACUCUCUGCACUUUGCUAAAGAAAGUUGUCUCCAAGUCAAAGAGGGAUUGGCAUGAAAGGGUAGGAGAAGCUUUGUGGGCCUACCGAAUAACUUAUCGAACACCAACACAAGCCACACCAUAUUCUUUGGUUUAUGGCGUUGAAGCAGUAAUACCACUGGAAUGUCAAAUUCCGUCUCUCAGGAUUGCUAUCCAAGAAGGCCUUACUACAGAGCAAAAUGCUCAAUUGAGGUUGGAAGAACUUGAGUCCUUAGACGAAAGAAGAUUGGAAGCUCAAAAGCGACUGGAAUGCUAUCAAGCUCGUAUGUCCAGAGCUUUCAAUAAAAAAGUACGUCCUCGAUCAUUUCAAAUAGGAGACUUGGUCUUAGCUAUAAGGAGGCCGAUUGUGAUCACUCGACGGACUGGGGGCAAGUUCCUACCCAAAUGGGAUGGACCAUAUGUAGUCACGGAAGUCUACACAAAUGGUGCUUAUAAAAUUAUCGACAAGGACGGUCUACGGAUCGGACCUAUCAAUGGAAAAUUCUUGAAGCGUUUUUACGCUUAG